CGUCCAGUAGUCGGUGGAGCUGUGUCGGGCGCAGGCAUUCCCGGCGGAGGGUGCAGAGCAGGCAAAGGCGCAGAGGCCCCUUUCCUUCACUGGCCACAUCUGAUUCGCUCCAUCAAUGACCCGGAGCAUCCGCUGACACUAGAGGAACUGAACGUAGUGGAGCAAGUGCGGGUUCAGGUGAGCGACCCCGAGAGCACAGUGGCGGUGGCCUUCACCCCCACCAUUCCUCACUGCAGCAUGGCUACCCUCAUUGGCCUGUCCAUCAAAGUCAAGCUCCUGCGAUCUCUCCCCCAGCGUUUCAAAAUGGACGUGCACAUUACGCCAGGGACCCAUGCCUCAGAGCAUGCAGUGAAUAAGCAGCUUGCAGAUAAGGAGCGGGUGGCAGCUGCCCUGGAGAACACCCACCUGCUGGAGGUUGUGAACCAGUGCCUGUCGGCCCGCUCCUGAGCCUGGCUUUUCGCCUCCAGCCUCACCCAGGGCUCAUGACCUUGUCUUCUUGAAUCACUGACAAUAAGAAACUCACACUUUGCAUUUUGUAAUAAACCCUUAAUUUAUAUUCA